CGGGACGACGUAUUUGAGGAUCCAAAGUGGAGAGAUCUUGGACGACAUGAAACAACCAGGCCAACUGCGAGAACCGGACUCUUUAAUUAGAGAUGGACCCACAAGUGGUCUUGGACUCGACAUUCUCGUUGUCACGGCCGUAUCGCUGCAAAGACCCACUUCAAUAGGGUGACCAGCAGCGCGAGCGGGCCCAUCACUCAAGGACGUGCAAGCUCACUUCACGAUGAUCAAUGGCCUUGGAGUCGAAAAAUAGGAGUUAUCUACCAAGACCGCUUGACCGACUGCUGUCCGCUUUUGAGGCCUACACGACCUUGAAAAUGCUACCGAGUUCCACCUUAAGAGCAUGUUGGCUCGAGUUCCUUCGCCGUGAACGCUCCGCAUUGUUGCAUGGUAGCCCUCCUUACGGCGACCUUCUAGGGCCGGUUUCUAAGAUUGGGCUCUGGCCAUCAACGUUGGACCCGUCGCCGCUCAGGCUGAAACUUUGCUGGAUGCUGAGAACGCGAUAAAGUCACGAAAUACCACCCGAGAGCGGAUAUAAAUUCGCUGUCUUGCCGUGUCCUAUUCUCUCCUUCAAAGUUUUAUCAUCAUCUCAUACAGUUUCAAACAUUCAAGUUUCUCUUGGUUACUCUUACUGCUGGACAGUACUCUCUUUCACAAUCUCAUCACAUUCUCACCUGCUACCGACUUUUGUUCCAUCUUCCCACCUCCAUAACAAGGGUCCAUACACCUUCAGCUUAUUCGUUGUUGUCGUGCACCACAAUCAGCCCAUCCACCCAAAGCGUUAUCGUCAACUCCUUCCUACUUAAAAUCCGAAACCAGAGGAUUUCCUGAAAUAUGGGCAACGAAAAGUCUACCGACCCCAAGGCAACUGCUGGCCGUGCGGCGACACCUACGCGCCAGGCUGGACCACCUAACCGCAGUUCUCAAGCGACUACUGCAACCUACAUUUCGGACAGCGUGCAAACCAGCCCUCCACAUGAAAGAAAUAGCGCAGGUACUCUAGGUAGCCUUUAUGGCUACUAUGGCACCGACAGUCCGGGGGGGCGCCAAACAUCAGUGGACCAGGCGUCGAACGGAGCACAGAGAACUUCCAACACGUCAUCCACUGGGACAUCUCAGAGUAUUCCAAUCGGCUUUGACCAGGCGUCGAACGGAGCACAGAGAACUUCCAACACGUCAUCCACUGGGACAUCUCAGAGUAUUCCAAUCGGCUUUGACCAGGCGUCGAACGAAGCACAGAGAACUUCCAACACGUCAUCCACUGGGACAUCUCAGAGAAUUCCAAUCGGCUUGGACCAGCGUCCAGCGUCCAGUUCCCAAGCCGUCACAACAACCGCGACAGGCUCCCGGGCCUCAGAAGCUCCUGACAUGUUUAACCAGAUUAGCAGGCAAUGGGCAACAUCUGACACUCAGAACACGUCAGGGGCGGCGGCGCAAGCUUCACUGGAGAGGAGACAGAAGGCAAGGGAACAGAAGAUAGCAAGGGAAAAAAGAGCACAAGCUGAGGCACCGAAUAGCCGGAAAUAGAAGGAAUGUGGACCUCGAAAAGAAAGACUGACAACCUCAAGACAGGGAGGACUGGAGAUGGAGUUCAAUCCGCUACUUGAUAACUCAACUAGAUUACCUUCUCGUUCUGGACUAAUCUUUGAGCGUUGAUUUCUUUUUGGAGGAUGCCUAGGGAUCAUGAUGUCUGAACUGUUUCAUAUUUCUCUCAUUGUUUGUUUUUGUCUUUUCUGUCGUUGUUCUGAUUGUUGUUCCUGUUGCCACUGUUGUUAUUCCUCUCGUUAUUGUUUGCUAUCAGCCUUUUUAGCUAUCAUUCUUGUUUGCUCUCAGUCUUAGUUAUUACAGUCAUUGCUAUGAAAAACAUGAUCUCUUCGA